CUAGAUUAUAAACAAUAUUCAAUGGUGAGGGUCACCGAUCCAGCUACUAACCAUUUAAAAUGCUACUUAACCAAGAAGGAUCGGUAGUCUGUUUUUUGCGGGACUUGUGCAUCGAAACAAUGCAGACAUUUGCAAACGUAUUCCGGGGGGUGGUCAACGUCGUCAGGUCAAUUAGCUCGGAAAAUGUCGAAGACUUUGCAGAAGCUUGCCUGGUAGUCAUACUGUGGGUCGCUGCAAUCAAAUUUUUCUUCAGUCUUGUCGACAAGAGCUACGGGCGGUACAAUCCACUGAGGGUGUUUAAAAAGUUCCGAAAUACCGAGGAUGGCUACGAAUCGGGAAUUCCAGCGGUUAGGGAUCACAUGUGGAAGACAAAUUCUAAAAAAAAAUCAGUUGUACGGAAAAAACGCAGUAAUAAGUAUUAA